AUGAUGCCUCAUCAACGGGCUUGUCUACUUCUCGCGAAGCAGCCGCUUCGAGCUGGACGACUCACAUACUCCCAAAUUCUCUUACCCCGGACCCUUCGAGCCAUCAUCCCUCCCUGCAAGCUAUAUACAACAGAGACCGAUGCCCCCCGGUUCGCCGAAACCCCCUCUCAAGAUGAAAGCAAAGAUUUGUCGCAUUUGAACCCAUCGCCAGAAGAUUAUUCUCGAUUCAUUUUCCAAGACAAAUGCUCCGUCACAAUGCAUGCCGGAAGUGGUGGCCAUGGUUGUGUUGCCUUUCUACGAGAAAAAUAUAUCGAAGAGGGUCCACCAAAUGGAGGUGACGGUGGCAGCGGAGGAGGUCUUUACAUUCAAGCUGUUGAGGGACUGACCAGUCUACACAAACUCGCUCGAAGGGGUAUUGUCCGAGCUGAGCGAGGCAGAAACGGACAAGGCAAAAGCAAAGGUGGGAGACGUGGUGACGAUGUCUUGAUCCAGGUACCGGUCGGGACAGUGGUUCGUGAGAUAGCUCGCCAUGACCCUGUCGCGGAAGAGUUGGCCAUGAGACGCCAGAUUUAUGAGGACCAACAGCUCGAGCAGAAAGAGCGACGUGAGCAGCGGCUUGAGCAGCGGGCUGAGCAACGGGCUGCGCAACGGACCGAGCAACGUGGGAGGAUGGAGGAGAUGGAAGAUGGGGAGGAGUUUGACGAAAUGGAGGAGGAGGAGGAGGACCCCGAAUUCACUCCGAUUCGUCAUGAUCGCUGGGUGCUUUACCCUGGCGCCAACCCUGCUGAUUUCCUGACUGUCGAGUUCCCCCGACUGAAACCAAGGCGGCAGGGAAUUGCUGCGAUGGAGCCCCAGGCCCCGAUUUUCCUUGAUCUGUCGGCGCCAAUGGACAAGCCUCUAUUGUUGGCAGCCGGUGGUGCCGGUGGACUCGGCAACCCUCAUUUUAUUGGUCGCGUUAGGGGUCGACCGAAGUUUGCAUCCAAGGGCGAGGGUGGAACAAGGCUGGAGCUUGACUUUGAACUCAAGUUGCUGGCAGAUGUUGGUCUAGUUGGAAAGCCCAACGCUGGAAAGAGCACUCUACUGCGAUCUUUAACAAACAGUCGAACUCGGAUUGGGAACUGGGAGUUUACUACACUGUCCCCGCAUAUCGGUACCGUCAUCGUUGAUAAUCACCGCGGCCGACCGCUGGUAGAAUCCCGCGGAAAGAAAAGUCGUACCCACUUUACGAUUGCAGAUAUCCCGGGUCUGGUUGAAGAUGCUCAUCUCGACAGGGGCCUUGGUCUCGGGUUCCUUCGACACAUUGACCGGGCGGGUAUCCUAGCCUUUGUGCUUGAUCUGAGUAACGGUGACCCCGUACAAGAACUACAGAAGCUUUGGCACGAACUCGGAGAGUAUCAAAGACUUCGCGAUGAAAAACCCGAGUCUGUUCCCGAAGAAAAACAGGGUGUGAUCGAAUGGGAUUCAUCGUCUACUGCUGGAUAUCCGGAGUACGAAGAAGAUGAAACGUCGCACGAGUCAUUCGACAGCCUUAACAAGCCAACUCGAUCUCUCCCUCGUCUUCCCAUGGCUCCUAUUCACACCAAGGCUUGGUUUGUUGUAGCCACGAAGGCCGAUCUCGAGAACACACAACCCCAAUAUCGAGCCCUCCAGGAGUAUUUAAACGCUGUGGAGAAAGGCACGGUGGAUCACCCAUCUGGGAACCCCGAUGGCUGGAAACAGAAAUUACGAGCUGUUCCCAUCAGCGCAAUUCGAGGCGAGGGUGUAGCUCAAAUCCCAAAAUUGGUGAUGGAAUUCCUGGACUAA